AUGGCUAUAAGUUGCUUAACAUAUGCAACUGUUGCAACUCGUCCAGAUUUAGCUGCGGCCGUCGCAACUUUAUCUAAGUAUAUGUCCAGACCAGGUAAAGAUCAUUGGCAAGCAGUAAAAAGAGUGUUUCGUUAUAUCAAAGGAACGAUGGAGUAUGGUCUUUUGUUUACUGCAAAUGGAAAAGAUUCUGGUUUGUGUGGUUUUGCAGACGCCAAUUGGGGCGGUGCUAUAGAGGCAAGACGUUCUACAUCAUGGCAUGUUUUUCAAAUUCAAAACAGCACGAUAAGCUGGUGCAGUAAAAGAGAGACAUCUGUGUCAAGAUCUACAACUGAAGCCGAAUAUAUCGCUUUGAGUUCAGCUUCACAAGAGUGCAUCAGACUAAGAAGACUACUGAAUGAUAUUGAAUUGUUGAAACCUGUCCCCACAGCCAUUUAG